AUGAACUCAAAAGAUAACAAUAAAUCAAAAACAACAACAACUAACACUUUGACGACCAUUGCAACUGUGACAGGGACUACGGUAACAACGUAUCGGAAUCAGACCAUGGAAUCCGAUCAAGACGCACUCCUCGCCUCUAGUCAGGAGACGAUUACGAGUGCUACCGGAGGUACCAGUCAUAGUACUCCGGUAGCGACAGCAGAAAAUAUAGUGGGAACCAACCAGAGUACCCCAAAUCUGCAUACGGAACCCUGCACCUCUAAAGCUGCUCAGAGUUCCAACCAAAGUACACUGGCAGCCAAAGGAGAAAACCGUAAAAAACGCAAGAAAUCCCUAAAUCAAGUGAGGAAAAGCCGGUACCAGAGGGCCAUCUAUGUUUUAGGCGAGAUAGCCAAAGAUCAGGCUGCCGGCACUUCAAUUGACGAGGAGGAGACAAAAAGACUGCAUCAAAUAGUAAAGGAGUACGAAAGCUUCCUGAAAAGGAAGCAAUCGGAACCCCCCGUCGAAAUCGAAAAGCAGAAUAAGUCGCAAAAGAGGAAUCGCUCACAAAACGAUCAGUUGGAAACUCUGUCCAAAAAAUCCAAGCAGGGAACUGAACGGAGUAGUACAACAGCUAGACAUUUUUGUGAUGUAGCUAGGGAUAGUCUACAAGUGGCAGUCAUUGACGACAACUCCUCCACACCUACCACGUUCCAGGAAAAAUGGGUGGAGAUUGACAUACAGGGUGAUCAAGUGCGCCUUUCUUUGGACUUCCUUACGGGUAGCAUCGGCAAAAUCAGCGACGCCUUUGUAGGCAUCAAAUUGAAGCUUAUACCCGCCAAGGACAUUCCAAGAAGACCUCGUGCUCGUAUUUGGCUACCUCCUCUAGAGGAGCCAGGAGAAAAGCUCCUCAGAUGCAUUAAGCUGGAAAACAAGUCAAUACCUGGUAUUGACGAGUGGCAGCUAAUUAAAGAUGAAAACCCCAACAAAUCGAGCAGACCAAUACUAGUGGCCACUAGCGAGGAGUCGAUUGAGGCUCUAUCGAAAGCUGAAAACAAAAUCAGCUUCGGUAUCAGCAGGGCCAGGUUGAAAGUGUUCCAGGGCGACAAAGUGGCUGACGAAGACGACACGGAAGAGGUCCAGCCAGUUGCUAAGGGAUGA